CAUUUACCUUGAUCGAUGCGUGCACAGCCCGUGCUCAAAGCCAUUAGAGAGCGGGGAAGCGGGCCGUAUUUUCUCCACUUUCUCUCUCUCCGAGCGGCUCCCAAAUGUAUCGUUCCUCUCCGAGCCUCUACAAUUCCUCGUCGCACUACCGGCAGUUAGGUCUCUCUCUCUUUCUUCGAUUCUCCCAUAGCUCUUUUUUUGUUUCCUGUCAAAGAUUUCCAGACCUGAGGGGUUUUGGAGUUAAAAUCCGAUGGGCAGUUGUUUCUACGGAAAAAAUUCGAUCUUUGGCGUUAAAAUCCGAUGGGCAGUUUUUUCUACGGAAAAAGAUUCAAUCUUUGUAAUGAUUCUGGUUUCUUGACGUGGAAUAUGGUUUAAAUUUGCAAUAGAAAAGCCAUUUUUGUGAUAUUUUUCUUCUAGGUUUCUUCUUACAGACUUAUCCCAGUGAUGUUUUAUUAAGUUUUAGUCUGAUGGGAGUUUGCUUGAUUCUGGGGUCAGCUGGAAUCAUCGACUUAGAACCCUACUCUAUGAGUAGGGUGCAACUGGGAUUGGUUCGUCGAGCCCUUCUUGGAAAAUUACCAUCUCUGGGGCUGUACUCCUCUGCUUCUUCCUUGUCUUGUCUUCAUGACCAAUAUUUUCACCCAACUCCAACCACUGAAUCCACUAUCGCGCAAAGAAGUAUUACAAAAAGCUUUGAUUUUUAUGUUGGUAGAGGCCCGACACUUUUCCCCUUUGUUGCCAUCGUAGUGCAUACUUUGGAUUGGAGCAUCGCAAGCGAAACAAGCUUCUCAGAAGCAGUGAGCAAAUAUGGCUUGGGCCACUCAUUAGAAUCCUUUGCGGUGCUUAUUCAGACCUUUUCAUCUGCUGGAAUGCAUAGAGAGGUCCAAUAUUUGAUUAGAAGUAUUGUGGAUUACCAUAAGAGUGUUGGCUCCAACUUGUUUGGAUUGCUUUCUUCAUUGGUUGGUCUUUUGGAUGGUGUCAUGAGCUUGCUGCAAGCCUAUGAAGCUGUCAUCUGUGUCUUGGCAGAGGCCUCAAUGCUUGAAGAUGCUCUUGAAACAUAUUUGGAGGCUAAGAGAAUUGGCCUAAAGCUCAGUAUACCCUUGUGCAAUUUCUUGCUCAAGUCUUUGGUUGAAAAGAAGGAGGUGGAGUAUGCUAGAAGCUUAUUUCAUGAUAUGAAGAGCUCAAGCCCUUCACCUAAUGUAUACACUUACACUAUUAUGAUGGACUUGUAUACUAGAGAAGAAACAUUAGAUAGGGAUGAAGCUGAUGAUAUUCUUUUUGAUAUGGAGAGAAAUGGUGUGAGCCCAAAUGCAGUGACCUAUUGCACAUAUAUCCGCGGACUUUGCCAAGCUGGAGACGUGGAUUUUGCAUGGAAUGUUCUUCAAGACUUGCGAUAUAAAAGGCUUCCAUACAAUGAUUACUGUUACAAUGCUGUCAUCUAUGGUUUUUGCCAGAAAGGCCAGUUGAGCAAAUCAUUGAUGGUUUUGGAUGAAAUGAAGCAAUGCGGAUUGCCACCAGAUGUUUAUAGCUACAGCAUACUGAUUGAUGGGUUCUGCAAGAAAGGUGAUGUAAUUAAAGGCUACAAUCUGUUUGUUGAAAUGGUAAACCGUGGAAUAAUGCCUACAAUGGUCAGCUGUAGCUCACUGUUGCAUGGAUUGUGUGGGAUAGGAGAAGUAAAAACAGCAACAAAGUUGUUCCAUGAGUUUGGGAAUCAGGGUUAUGAGCAUGACCAAAUUGCUUAUAGCAUCCUCAUUGAUGGGUACUGCCAGCAUGGGGAUUUGGCUGGUGCCUUUGCUCUCUGGGAGGACAUGAUUCAAAACCAUUUUGUUCCAGAUGUUUAUAAUUAUACCAGUCUCAUUUAUGGUUACUGCAGACUUGGAUGCUUGAAGGAAGCCUUGGAAACAUUUCAACUCAUGGUUGAUAAUGGGGUGAUCCCCAAUACUGUUACUUGCACUGUGAUAAUUGAUGGGUUUUUCAAGGAACGAUCCAUAGUGGAAGCUUUUAUAUUUUUAAAUAAAAUGCAUGAUCUGGGCAUUAUUCCCAAUUCGUAUACAUAUAAAGUUAUCAUCAAUGGCCUUUGCAAAGAGAGAAUACCAGAUAGGGCAUGGGAAGUUUUUGGAACUUUGAUAAAGAGGGGGCCUGUUCCUGAUGUUAUUGUCUAUAGCACCCUUAUUGAUGGUUUCACCAAAACAUCAAACAUGGAGAUGGCUUUCAUGUUGUAUGAUAGAAUGUUAAAGGGAGGUAUCACACCCAAUAUCUUUACUUAUACAAGCCUUAUAAAUGGUCUCUGUCAUGAUGGACGACUUCCAGAAGCUACAAAAUUGUUUGAAGAAAUGAUUGGAGUGGGCUUAAUACCUGACACGAUUGUUUUUACAUCACUAAUUGCUAAUUAUUGCAAGCGUAAAAAUAUGAAGAAGGCCGUGGAACUGUUCAGAAAAAUGGAACGGAAUGGCUUAUCUCCUGAUGUUUUCACAUAUACUUGUCUGAUAGAUGGAUAUAGCAAGUUACUUCAGAUGGAUAUCGCAGUCUCACUGAUGGAUGAAAUGAUAAAAAUUGGUCUCACUCCUAACGUGGUAACCUAUACUGCUCUCAUUACCGGAUAUCGCAAGAUGGGAGACUGGGAUAAAGCUUACAAGCUAUAUAAGAUUAUGAUGAAGCAGGGUAUUUUACCAGAUGCUUCGGCUUGUCUGUCAUUGGGGUUGGACUGUUGUGGAGAGGAGAACAGUUGAGCAGUCAAAGAAAUAUUAUUGCUUUUUGCAUGUGCGACUGUUCACAUACCUGCCAACUAUUUAUUCUUUUUAAGCGUAUCUAUAAAAUAACAUGUUCUGGCAAAGAAGCAGGCAGCGUGAUGCAAGAUGGCAGUUCUGGAGAUCUGGACUCAAAUCAUCAAAGCCAUAUCCUCCUUGCCAUCAUUGUCAGAGCAGUGCUUUCUCAGGCCUGGCCACCAUCAUCAUUAAAUCUUCCGAUUUGUCAGGAAAGCUCCUUUCAUUCACCACCAUGGAUGGCAUUGACAAUGAUUAUCAGAACCUAAAUCUGUUCCAAGGUGGUUGGGAGUUGAGUUAUAGAGAGGCUUUGCCUCCCCCUAGAAAUGUGCCUUUACUGGAGGAAAUGGCAGAUUUUGUCAGAAGAUACAAUGCUUUCACAUUAUUACAGAUGACCAAAAUGAGGUGUAUAUCACCUGAGUUAUAUGUUUUUAUAUAUUUUUUAAGUCUGCAAUUGCAGGGUGCAUAAAAUACAGCACUAUGUGAAGAUAGUAUAUGUGCACUCCAGCAUGAAUCACCUUAAUUAUGCCUGCGAAUGGCCUGUGGUCUUUAGUCUGCUAAGCAUCUUCUCUUUCACUGUCCUGUUCUAUGCGAGGCAUGAAUCUCCUGUCUGUCUGAAGAAAAUAGUAGGUGCCCCUGACAUGGUUAUGCCCAAUUGAGCAUGUUUUGCAGAUUUUAAUGACCUUUUCUGAUGUCAUUACUAAGAAUAUUCUUCUUCACUAUCUCUUUGCUUCAUCUAAAGGCAUCUUGAUGUGCAUCUGCUGAUGAUCUAAAUAGACUUUAUAGGCUAUGUUUGAAGUAGUUCUAAUGAUUUAGUAUUUUUCCUGCUCUAUAGAUGUCAGAUCAGAAAGCUGAUUGAGUCCACAGCCCCUGCAGAACCAGACUUGACUCUUAAAAGUUCAUAAAUGCUGGCUUGUAAUCUCAACGAAGGGAACCAACCUGCGGUUAGGAGGAGCUUAAAGGUAGACAAUUGAUGUCUGUAGGUCUGGGAUGUUUGUUGUCAAUCUUGAGAAGAAACCUUUUCUGGAAUGGUCCAUUCUGGUGCUCUGUCCUUCUUUCAAUGGUGAAGAAGACAAAAUGUCAUUAUGGUACAAUCAGGAUUAUCUGUUGCUUAUAAUGUUAGCUCACACUCUUUUUGUAAUCUGCAUGUCAGACUAGCAAAAUAGUUAUGUUAUUUCUUGCUUGAAACUUUCCAGUUCA